GGUGGUUCUGCCGCACGACUGGUUCGUCGACAGUUUCUCGUUAAUCCCUACCAGACAAAACUUAUACACCAUGUCGAAGAGAGCCGCCGACGUUUCCGAUGAGCAAUCCGCCGCUCUCAAGGCCGGAGAGCGCCCGAUGACCGAAGCCCCUCCAGACGAGGUGGGGGAAUUCGAGGACGAGUUCGAGGACGAAUUCGAGAGCGAAGAUGAGAUCCUCGAGGCCGGUGUCGAUGGCCGCCCUGAUGCGGAGCGGGAGGAGGAGGAAAAGGAUGCGAUGGAGGUCGACCAGCAGACUUUCAUUCCCGGAAGAACGAAACUCGCUCCCGGAGAGGUGCUUUCGCCCGACCCUUCUACAUAUAAUAUGCUACACACCCUCACGACACCCUGGCCCUGUCUUUCUUUCGAUAUUGUCCGCGACAAUCUGGGCGACAACCGCAAGACCUUUCCCGCGACCGUCUACGCCGUAACUGGUACCCAGGCAGAGGGACGCCGAUCAAAGGAAAAUGAGCUCAUGGUUCUGAAGAUGAGCGGUUUGAGCAAGAUGGAGAAGGAGAACGAUACCGACUCGGAAAGUGACUCGGAUGACGAUGAUGACAUGGGAGAACCUAUUCUCGAGCACAAAAGUAUCCCCUUGGGAUCGACAACCAACCGGAUCCGUUGCCAUCAAACCCCCUCCUCCUCUGGAGAUUACUCCAAACCUCCACAGACCCUCACUGCCACCAUGCUGGAGAACUCGCAGGUGGUCAUUCACGACGUUACCCCUCAUCUUACGAGCUUCGAUGUUCCCGGCACCGUUCUCCCUCCUUCCGCCUCGAAACCUCUUUCUACCCUUCGCAUGCACAAGUCCGAGGGUUACGCACUGGAUUGGUCUCCUCUACAGCCACUGGGCAAGUUUUUGACCGGUGAUAACGAUGGUUUGAUCUACGUUACGACGCGCACCGAAGGUGGCGGCUGGGUUACUGAUACGCGGCCCUUCACUGGACACUCUUCGUCGGUUGAAGAACUGCAAUGGUCUCCCAACGAGCGCAAUGUCUUCGCUUCCGCCAGCAGUGACGGUAGUGUGAAGGUGUGGGAUGUCCGGUCCAAGUCCCGCAAGCCCGCUGUGGAUGUGAAGGUUUCCAACACCGACGUUAAUGUCAUGACAUGGUCGAACCAGACGUUCCACCUUCUCGCUACCGGUGCGGAUGAUGGUCAAUGGGGCGUCUGGGAUCUGAGACACUGGAAGCCGAAUGCCUCGGCGCCGUCAGCCCAGAUCACGGCAUCGCCUGUGGCCGCGUUCGACUUCCACAAGGAGCCGAUCACCAGUAUCGAAUGGCACCCAACGGAUGACAGUGUGGUUGCCGUUGGUUCGGCCGACAACACUGUGACUCUGUGGGAUCUGGCUGUCGAACUUGAUGAUGAGGAGAGCCGGGAAGCCGGCCUGGCAGAUAUUCCGCCGCAAUUGCUGUUCGUGCAUUACAUGGAGUCAGUCAAGGAAAUCCACUGGCAGGCCCAGAUGCCCGGUACUAUCAUGGCUACUGGCGCUGCUGGAUUCGGGUACGUAUAUCGGAUACGAGUAUGAGAAUUCUUCCAUGCUAACCUAUGCUUCACAGAGUAUUCA